AUGCGAUUUCUAAUAAAUUAUAGCAUAAUAAAAAGUCAUUUGUCAAUUUAUUUGAAUAACACUCGUUAUAUCUCUACGACUGCAGUCCCAAAAAAUUCUUUACUUCUCAAUUCAUCUAGUCUUGCUAGUCUUACUAAAAAUUCUGCUAUAAAUGAUUCACCAAUAAAAUUUCAAAAAAGGUGUUCAAAUACAACCUUUGAUGAUCAGCCACAAACUAAAACCGAAAAAAUUUUGAGAAGAUUUUGGAAAGAAGUAUCUGUCAUUACCAAUAAAGAUAAUGAAUAUCAAGUAGCACUUGAUAAACGUCCCUUAAAAACACCGAGUGGUUCUCCAUUAGUAAUUCCUUCUUCACAAAAAUCUUUAGCAAUUUUAAUCGCUGGAGAAUGGGAAUCUCAAAAAAUUUUAUUGAAACAACAUUCUUUACCGUUGACUUCUCUUGUUGCGAGAUCAAUUGAUGGAUUUGAAAAGAAUCCAACAGAAAAACGAGAUGCUAUUACUAGAUUGAUUAAAUAUUUUGACACGGACACAAUAUGGUUGGUCAAGCUUCAAAGACAAUAUUGGGAUCCAAUCGUGAAUUGGGCUCGAGAUUAUUAUAAAGUUAAAAUUAAAAUAAAUAAUAGUAUCAUAGGCGAGAAACAACAUCUGGAAACAAGAGAAAAAUUACAAGCAGUUAUUGAAAAUUUUGAUUGCUUAAAGUUAUCCGCUUUUGAACGUACAACAAUGCUUUCGAGUUCCUUUCUUAUAGGACUCGGUUUAGUAGAACGAAGAUUGACAGUAGAAGAAGCUACAAAAGCCACACGGGUAGAAACUAUUUCACAGACAAUGAAAUGGGGUGAAAUUGCAGAUGGAGUCAACUUGGAUCCGCUGCGUGUGUCUUAA